GGAGCGAGGACGCGAGGAGGGGAGGAUGUGAGGAGGGGCGACCGCGAGGGCUCCGAAGCGAAGCUGUUCAGCGCUAGCAGGCGUCCUGGCCGGUCUGAGGGAGUAGAGGCUCCGUCUUCCCUUCCUCCGCCCUCGAAAGUCAACUUCACCGCUCCGUCUGCGGGCGGCGCGGGCCGGCGUCAGGGCUUGUCUGCCUCCUCCGGCGUGGGGCCUGGGCGCCAUGGACGCGACGGCGCUGGAGCGGGACGCCGUGCAGUUCGCGCGGCUGGCGGUGCAGCGCGACCACGAAGGCCGCUACUCUGAGGCGGUGUUCUACUACAAGGAAGCUGCACAAGCCUUAAUUUAUGCUGAGAUGGCAGGAUCCAGCCUAGAACGGAUCCAAGAAAAGAUCAGUGAAUAUCUGGAAAGAGUCCAAGCUCUGCACUCUGCAGUUCAGUCAAAGAGUGCUGAUCCUUUGAAAUCAAAACAUCAGUUGGAUCUGGAGCGUGCCCAUUUUCUUGUUACGCAAGCCUUUGAUGAGGAUGAAAAGGGAAAUGUGGAAGAUGCCAUAGAAUUAUAUACAGAAGCUGUGGAUCUCUGUCUAAAAACCUCUUAUGAAACUGCUGAUAAGACUCUGCAAAAUAAAUUGAAACAGUUGGCUCGACAGGCACUAGAUAGAGCAGAAGCAUUGAGUGAACCUUUGACAAAGCCAUUUUGCAAACUCAAAUCAACAAAUAUGAAAGUGAAGACUGCCCCAGUAAGAACACAUUUUCCUCUGGGACCUAAUCCUUUCCUUGAAAAGCCUCAGCCAUUUAUAAGUCCACAGUCAUGUGAUGCCCAAGGACAGAGAUACACAGCAGAAGAAAUAGAAGUACUCAGGACAACGUCAAAAAUAAAUGGUAUAGAAUAUGUUCCUUUCAUGAGUGUUGAUCUGAGGGAACGUUUUGCUUAUCCAAUGCCUUUUUGUGAUAGAUGGGGCAAGCUUCCAUUAUCACCUAAACAAAAAACUACAUUUUCUAAAUGGGUACGACCAGAAGAUCUCACCAACAACCCUACAAUGAUAUACACUGUAUCCAGUUUUAGUAUAAAGCAGACAAUAGUAUCAGACUGUUCCUUUGUGGCAUCAUUGGCCAUCAGUGCAGCUUAUGAGAGACGAUUCAAUAAGAAGUUGAUUACCAGCAUAAUUUAUCCACAGAAUAAGGAUGGAGAACCAGAGUACAAUCCCUGUGGAAAGUAUAUGGUAAAACUUCACCUCAAUGGUGUCCCAAGAAAGGUGAUAAUUGAUGAUCAGUUACCUGUUGAUCAUAAAGGAGAAUUGUUGUGUUCUUAUUCCAACAAUAAAAGUGAAUUAUGGGUAUCACUUAUAGAGAAAGCAUACAUGAAAGUUAUGGGAGGAUAUGAUUUCCCAGGAUCCAACUCGAAUAUUGAUCUGCAUGCACUGACUGGGUGGAUACCAGAGAGGAUUGCGAUGCAUUCAGAUAGCCAGACCUUCAGUAAGGAUAAUUCAUUCAGAAUGCUUUAUCAAAGAUUUCACAAAGGGGAUGUUCUCAUCACUGCAUCAACUGGAAUGAUGACCGAAGCGGAAGGGGAGAAGUGGGGCCUGGUUCCCACACAUGCAUAUGCUGUUUUGGAUAUUAGAGAGUUCAAGGGCCUGCGGUUUAUCCAGUUGAAAAACCCUUGGAGCCAUUUACGCUGGAAAGGAAGGUACAGUGAAAAUGAUGUGAAAAACUGGACCCCAGAAUUGCAAAAGUAUUUAAACUUUGAUCCCCGAACAGCUCAGAAAAUAGAUAAUGGAAUAUUUUGGAUUUCCUGGGAUGAUCUUUGCCAGUAUUAUGAUGUAGUGUAUUUGAGUUGGAAUCCAGCUCUUUUUAAAGAAUCAACUUGCAUUCACAGUUCUUGGGAUGCUAAACAAGGACCUGUGAAAGAUGCUUAUAGCCUAGCCAACAAUCCCCAGUACAAACUGGAGGUGCAGUGUCCACAAGGGGGUGCUGCAGUUUGGGUUUUGCUUAGUAGACACAUAACAGACAAGGAUGACUUUGCAAAUAACCGUGAGUUUAUCACAAUGGUUGUGUACAAGACUGAUGGCAAGAAAGUUUAUUACCCAGCUGACCCACCUCCAUACAUUGAUGGGAUUCGGAUCAACAGUCCUCAUUACCUGACUAAGAUAAAGCUGACCACGCCUGGGACUCACACCUUUACCUUAGUGGUUUCUCAGUAUGAGAAACAGAACACAAUUCAUUACACAGUCCGGGUAUAUUCAGCGUGCAGCUUUACUUUUUCGAAGAUCCCUUCACCAUAUACCCUAUCAAAACGGAUUAAUGGAAAGUGGAGUGGUCAGAGUGCUGGAGGAUGUGGAAAUUUUCAGGAGACUCACAAAAAUAACCCCAUCUACCAGUUCCAUGUAGAUAAAACUGGACCGUUACUGAUUGAACUGAGAGGACCAAGGCAAUACAGUGUUGGAUUUGAGGUGGUAGCAGUUUCCAUAACGGGAGAUCCUGGUCCUCAUGGCUUUCAGAGGAAAUCUAGUGGUGACUAUAGGUGUGGAUUUUGCUACUUAGAAUUGGAAAAUAUUCCUGCUGGAAUCUUUAAUAUCAUCCCAAGUACUUUUUUGCCUAAACAAGAAGGACCUUUUUUCUUGGACUUUAAUAGUACUGUCCCCAUCAAGACAACACAACUCCAGUGAUAGAGAAAUCUCAGCUAUUACUGGAUUCUAUAUUUUGCAGUCAUCGGCUCUUCAGACAGAGACAAAUUAUGAUGGUAAACCAUCAGAAUGGAAUUCAAAGACAUGCUACAGUGAAAUCUGGUACUUGUCAUGCUGUUUGCUAGGAACUGUACAUAGAAUUACCUUAAUCUUACAGGUACUGUUUACAUGGUUUUGUGCAUACAGAGUUGGCAUGUAUUUAGGGGCUAACUUUGUAUAAAAAUUAUAUAUGGUUACAGAUUAGAUUUAGCUAUCACUGUGAGAUGCUUUUGCUAACAGGACAAAGGAACUGAAACAAGAUGAGGACAACAAGGGCCACAGAUCCACUGAAUGCAAGAGCAGGCUAUUUUAGUAUUUUGAAAUCCUUACAUUAUGUUUCCCGUUUUUACAGAGCACGUAAGUUUAACCUGUUCAUGUUGAAUCCCACCAUACAUCUGAGGCAACUAAUUACCAAAUGAAUCAUGCCAUUAUAACUAAUUUGAAUUUUCCAUUGUGUGUUUAAAUGUUUGUUGCCUAGAUGUUAUGAAAGAAUAAAGCUUUAAAAAGUACCAUUUAGCUUAGCAUGAAGAUGCUCAGGCUUUUCUCAGUAUUAGAUACAUCAUUCAUUGUAGAGAGAGAGCUGAGGUAUAUUUAUUGUUGCCAUUUUUUAAUUCUUAGGUUGGUGAAAUGUAGUAAUCUGAGACUGGAAAUGUUAAAGUUUAGUGUAUAGAGUUUUAAACUGCUCCGUAGUUUGUGCUUUCAUAACAGGAAUUUGGAGAGUCCUUGAGACUUUAGUAUGUGGUGGUCGAGUUAUACAGCAUUCAUAAAAAGUGACUUACCAGGAAUUAGUGUUGUGUAAGUUCCCAUUUGUUUACAUACAAUGCAGAAUGAUGCUCAAGAUUUUAAAAUUCUGAAAAAUAGGAUGGGAUCUGUUAUUGUCUCUACUUUAUAAUUAUCAAAACUAUUUCUACUGCCUUUAAUUGAAAUAAAAUAUUUAUACUUAUGGAAAUUAUAUAGUUUAAUCUCCAGAACUUGAUUUGAGUUAAUCUACUGUGCUUUUUGUAAAAGACAGAUGUAUAUUGAAAAUACAUGCUUCGAUGAUUUUUUUUUUUUUAAGUUUUGAGACAGGGUUUCUGUGUUGCUUUGGAGCCUGUCCUGGAACUCUCUAAGCCAGAUUGGCCUCCAACUCACAGCGAUCCACCUGCCUCUGCCUUCUGAGUGCUGGGAUUAAAGGCCUGUGCUUCAAGGAUAUCUUAAUUCAGUAGUUGGAAGGUAUUUAUCAAUGAAAUUUUACUUAACUAAACUCUUAGAAAUUUUACUUUAACUAAACUCUUAGGACUUUUGAUUUAGCCAUAUAAACUUGAAAUGUGAGGAUAAGGGUUAAUUUUUGCAUUAAAAAACCUAAUAGAAGGCUGAGAGGUAGCUCAUUGGCACAGCACUUAGUAUGCCCAAGGUCCUGGGUUCAGUCCCCAACAGCACAAAAACAAAAACCCAGUGGAGAAGACCUAUAUGUAAACAGUAUUGAUUCCUGUAAGCAAGUUCCAUGGAGAAGUCAAGUGUAGGCACUAUUUCUACAAUCCUUUCUAUGUGGAGACAGCAGGCUGGAAUUGACAGUUGGAUCUGUGUUGUAGGAAGGUGACACAAUAGUGGAACAGAUUUUUUAAAAAGGGAAAAAUUAGAAAUUGCUAGUAAGAGGAGGGGAUGGCUCGGGUUAUCUCACUUCAGUACAUGCAUAGAUGUUGAGCUUCAAGAAACUCCCCCCUUGACACAAAAAAGAAAAUUAUCCAAAUUAUCUAGAAAAGGUGACACCCUAAAAUUAGUAGCACAUGGUUCGUGGUCACCUUAGGGGAAAAAAAAAGCCAAGAGGGCCAAAAACUGAAAUUGGUUAGUAGCUGAAUUUCAGACAUGGUGACCAUAAAGACGAACAAGAAGAGUAAAGAAGUCAAAAUAACAAUGAUAGCACACUGUUGUGUCUCACUUGGGCACGUGAGAGGAAGUGAUGAGACAGGAGCCAGGGUCAGAGGUCAUUCAUGCAUUCCCUUCCUGAUGUAGGAGACAGAUUAUGAAGCCCCAGUGCUCAAGUAAGGGAUAUAGUGCUAUGCUUCCCAACACAAAAUCCAUCUGCCAUAAAUACUCAAGAGAUUUUACCAUGUGACUCCAACUUAAAAGGCAGAUGUCAGGACCAACAUUCAGGGUGACAGGUACUUGAUCCUGUGGUGAAUCCUGAACAUUAGAGUACACAGCUGUAAACAUUCCUGAGGUAAUGUGAGAGGGACUAACAGUAAUAGGCAAAGCUAACUAGGAUGUCAUCCCACAACACAUUUCAGUGUGUAGCAUAUACAUUAAAACCCAAUACUCUCAGCUUCCUACUUUAGAGCCAGACUGAGUCAGAGGAACCCAUAUUGCAGGAUUGUAGCUCCCCACCCCAGCCAUCCCCAGAAGACUACACUGACCAGUGAAGCAGAGACCCUCUUUUCUUGGGCCUGUGGCUGCCUGCCUCUGUCUCUCCUCGGUGCUCCCCUUUGUAACACCAAAGGUGGAAUUCUAAUUCAGACCUUAGGAUGACAGCAGAGGGCCACAGCAUCCCAUGGUCCUUCUUAACAAAGCAAGUGAC